AUGCCGCCAAAAGCUACUGGCAAAGCCGUCAAGAAAGCCGGAAAGGCUCAGAAGAACAUCUCCAAGGGAGACAAAAAGAAAAAGAGGAGGAGGAAGGAAAGUUACGCCAUUUACAUCUACAAAGUCCUCAAGCAAGUUCAUCCCGACACUGGUAUUUCGAGUAAAGCCAUGAGCAUCAUGAACUCUUUCGUCAAUGACAUUUUCGAGAGAAUCGCUGCAGAAGCUUCGAGAUUAUCUCAUUACAACAAGAGAUCGACCAUCACGAGUCGGGAAAUUCAAACGGCUGUUCGUCUGUUGUUACCCGGAGAAUUGGCGAAACACGCCGUGAGCGAAGGAACAAAAGCUGUAACGAAAUACACCAGGAGUUGGCAUUUGCUUGUAAUUUUUUUUUACAAGGAUGAUUUCAAUCAGUUAGGUUUUACAAAUGACUUGUAA